AUGUAUGGGUACGAACAGCAGAGACAGGCGGCUUCCUCAGCCGCCGUUCCGAAGAAUAUGGGUUAUGGAUACUCGACGUCCACCACGCCCGGCCAAGCCAGUGCUUUGUAAGUCAACGAAGAUUUUACCACUUCUGAGUUAGGAUGACCUAUAACAACUUUAUUCAAUCAUUGGGCCAGAAUUCUUCUGCGACUAGUUAUCCCAUGGAUUCGUACGGCUCAUCCGCUGCUGUUGCCGCUGGUUAUGGACAGGCAAUGGAUUCAUACUCAACUGGUGGAUACAACAGAACUUAUUCUGGGCAGUCUGCUAACAACAUCCCACUUGGAGGUGGUAAUGGAUAUAGUGGUUAUAGUACCCAAGCGUCAAGAACUGCCAGAACAACAUCAGCAUUUGGAGUGAUGGCUGCACCAACUGCAAACAAGAGAGUUGUCGGCCGUGCUGCUUGGCCAAAGAAACAGAAGAUUCCCAAGCCACCAGUUGAUCCCAGCCAAUACUUUUGCGAUACUUGUAAUGUAUCCUGCGGAGGCCCUCAGGCGUAUAAUGAUCAUUUAGCUGGAAAGAGUCAUAAGAGGAAGGAGGAGGCAGCCAAAAAAGGAACUGCAGGACUCCCAGCUGGCAAAAAAUCGUACAAAUGCGAGGUCUGUUCGGUUACUUGCACUUCCAAGGAGGCUUUUGACACUCAUCUUAUUGGAGCCAAGCAUAAUAAGGCGGUAAAUAUCUUGAAGAAGUUGGGAAAACCCAUUCCUGAGUCGGUUACCAAUGUGAUAAUGCCCCAUGGAGACUCCAGUCAGCAUUUGCCAGUGAACAAGAAGGUUGUUGGAGUCACUUCGACCCCAUUUGUGGGCGGAAAUAAUCUGUCAACCACUAAGAAUGAAGAGGAAGAUGAUGUAGGGGAUGACAACGACGAGGUCGAGGUUCCUCCGGUUGGUGAAGAAUUUUUAGACGAAGUGAAGGGCGGCAAAGUGAUCUCUUACUUCUGUAAAUUAUGUGAAUGCACUUGCGGGGACCCAUCUGCUCGUAAUCUGCAUGUAAAGGGAAGAAGACAUCGUUUGCAGUACAAAGUAAGUGUUUUUUGAAAGUUUGGAUUGCCAAUGAAGGGUUAAUUUAACAUUUUUAUUCCAGCUGAAAGUCGAUUCCUCCAUUCAAGUCGAUUUGAAGCCCCACUCGAAGAUCAGGGGUGUUAAGAACGCCCAUUUGGCCGUAAGGAAGGCAGAAUUGUAAGGAAUGCUGUAAAGCUUUUGGUCUUAUCUGAUCUAAUAGCUUUAAAAUAAUUUUUAUGGUGAUUUUGAAGUCUUUCACUGUUCUCUGUUAUACAACGGAGUUAUACCGCCUUCUGUCUACCUUCAUUUAGUCUUUUUUAUCCUCUGCUUACUUUUAUCGUUCCGCGUGAUUUUAGUGGUUUUUUUGCAUAAUCUAAAAUACGUAUUUCAGACCAAAAUUAUCAACCUGCAGUUUGUAUGGUUCCCAAACACCAUCAGUUCUCCCUGACACCGCGAUGUACGACGCUUAUGAUGAGCAACAUGUUCAUGCUCGAUUGGAACAAAUCAAGCCAGAACUAGAGCAGAUCAAGGAUUGCGAACGAUUGGUUGGUGUGGUGGAAAAGGCAUUGAAGAAGAUCUCAGACAAGUUGACAGAAGAGAACGGCGAGAAUGACGGGGAAAGAACACUUCGAGGUGUCAUCAGGGUCGGGCCUCUUGGAGAACAUCUGCUCCUUAAGACUGACAAGCAGAUCAAUACUGUUCUGUUGUGCCGUGAAAUUCCGACGAUCUCUCUUUUACAAAAAUUGGUUCAGUUGUUUCCGCAAAAUGUCGAGGUUUGUUUUUCUUAACUUUUUCUUGCUUUGUUUUAGGCGUAUCUACAGAAUGCUAAAUAUUUUAGGAUGAGACCGAGAGGUCGAAGGUCAGCGUCGAGUCUUGUGCCACUGAAAGUGGAUUUAUAGUUCGUCUCUCAGAUGUUGAUUUAAAAUGUGUGGUUACUUUAAGUUGUGUUGGACUUAGACAGGUGGUACCUUCAGGUAAAAGCAUUUUCUUUAUUCUUUAUUUCAAUCUUAGAUGCUAAGAAAGACGGUCAGGCCGUUGAAGAGAAAGCUGUUGUAAUGCCUCCAGAUCCACUGCCUAAGGAAAAUUGCCUGAAGGCAUUGGCUGAUCUCAGACACACAAAAUUCUUCCAAUCCAAAUGUAUGGAGGUCCCAAGUCUGGUGGAAGUGGUCCUUCUUCUCAGGGAUGUUGGAGCGAGAAUCGACACUUGGAGUGUCUUUUCUUUAUAUGUCCUCGAGUUACUCGUUUACAAAACCAUCUUAUCCCAUCCUAUGCCAAUGAGAGUAAGCGAUGCCUUCAGGAGAUUCUUUGAAGUCAUGUCUACAGGCCAAUAUUUAUCGAGUAAGUGUUUCAUUCACCUUUAAAACUACCGCCGCGAUUGUCUAAAUCUUUUUUACAGUCCGAAGCACUUUGGAGGAUCCUUGCGAGAAGGAUGGUGUCAAUCCAUUGGCCGAUUUAACCAAACAACAGAGGGAGAAUAUAAUUUGUAGUGCUCAGCACGGUCUUCGACUCAUUGCAUAUGAUCAGAUCCACACAAUCCUCGGAAUGGAAAGAGUCGAAUCACAAUCAAGGAAGAGAACAUCCGGGGGCGACGAUAGUGGAGUUGGUGCGUAAUCUUGUUUAAGUUUGUAAUUAUAAUACGGUAGUUAAAACAACUGAUGAGCAAAACAAAAGCUUAUAACUGGACCUAAUACAAGUGUAUUUAUCCAAAAUAACAAUUAAAAAUAACAUAUUCCCCUUUUAGAAUCAAAGAAGGAAAAACUCGAGGAGAGUGAACAGAUCCCGGCCGAGGAAAGCCCUUCAUCUUAA